UCACACUCAAUUUUGUGCAAUACCCGACUGUCCGCCAGCCUCUCAUAAAAACAUCGUUCAACAUGGCACCCAAGAAAACUGGAAAGCAGAAAAUGUCGCUCAACGAGUUCCUGGGUGAUAACGCACUGGGGUCGUGGGCCGACGAGAUGGAUUCCCUCCCGACCGCCCCCGCUGCACGCGAGGACGAUGGGUAUUCCGGAGACAGACGAGGACGUGAUGAUUUUCUUUCAUCAAGGCCUGACAGAGGCUUCGGUGGCCCUCCUCGGGAAGAUCUACCCUUACCUUCGCAGCCCCCGUACACAGCAUUCGUUGGAAAUCUGGCUUUUGACCUGCAAGAAAUAGAGCUGGAAGGUUUUUUUGCCCCAUCCAAGACCAAAUCUGUGAAAAUCAUCAAAGACAGAGACGACAGACCAAAAGGAUUCGGAUAUAUAGAGUUUGAGACUCUCGAUGGUUUGAAGGAUGGAAUUUCUCGUUCGGGCACUAAUCUGAAUGGGCGCACGGUGCGCGUAAGCGUCGCUGAACCCCCCAAGGAACGAGGUUUCGGUAGUGGCGGAUUCGACGACGAGAAGUUCGCGAGCCCAUGGAGGCGGGAUGGGCCUUUACCAGACCUCCCGAACUCACGCGAAUCGUCUCGUCGUCCCUCACGCUUCGAUGCGGAACGUGUUCAAGCGAGUGCCUCCGAUGGCAUCAACGACUGGCGCUCCUCGCCACGUGGCCCUCCUCCACCUCUUCCCGGCGACGAUCGUGAGGCCCCCUCGUUCAGAAGAAAGGCCUCGGGCUUGCGGAAUGAUACUCCUGCUGGCCCUGCGGACGUGGAAGAUACUUGGGCGAAAGGAUCGAAGUUCAAGCCUUCGGAAGAGCCCCCGUCUCGGUUUGGCAGCAUGCGGGGCCGAGGAGACAUGGGACCGCCUCCUUCGUCUGAGGCAGAAGGCGAUUGGAGGAGUGCUGCGCGGCCUCGCCCUGCUGGUCGAGAUAGCACUUCGCCGAGCAGUUCGGUCCCUCCGACCCCAAACAUGGGUCGCCGUCGCCUCGAGCUUUUACCGAGGUCCAACGCUGCUUCGGCUUCUCCGACCCCGCUCUCCUCGCCCAAAAUGGCUUCAGCCCAGGCUACAUCAGCCCCUCGGUCCAAUCCGUUCGGGGAUGCCAGACCAGUGGAUGUUUCGAAUCGCGAAGCGGCUAUCACAGAACGGCUCGAGAAAGAGCGCGAGGCUAUCAAGGAUAAAGCUACUUUCCCAAUGGGGCGGACCACCUCCCAGCAGCGUUCCUCGCGGGAAGGCCAUUCCAUGUCUCGCAGCUCUUCCCAUGCAGGUGAAGCGCGCUCGCCCGGUGCAUCCAUUCCCUCCACUCCAAGCUCCAGGACCUUCAACGCCUCGGCCGCAGGCGUUCGGCCUGCUAUAUCCUUCGCCAGAGCUGCAGGCAACAAAAACGUGGACGCUGCGCCCGACGAGGCAGCCAAGGGAACGGCCGAGGUUGAAGCCGAAGUUAACGAAGUAGCUAAUCAACUUGGCGAAACGACGAUCUAAGAAAGCUGGGCAAAACCGUGGUAUUGACGCCCAUGUAUCUUAUGCUUAUGCACUUUGAUAUUGAAAUAUGCAACAACCUC